AUGAAGCUACAAGAUCGCACUCAGUUCAGUGACCAAGACUUAGCCACACUUAAGAAGUACUGGGACAAUGGAAUGACCAGCCUUGGUUCUGUUUGUAGAGAGAAAAUUGAAGCAGUUGCAACUGAAUUAAAUGUUGACUGUGAAAUAGUUCGGACUUGGAUUGGGAAUCGAAGAAGGAAAUAUCGUUUAAUGGGGAUUGAAGUUCCGCCUCCAAGAGGAGGCCCUGCUGAUUUCUCUGAGCAGCCUGAGUCUGGUUCUUUGUCUGCACUCACAUCAGGAGAGGAAGCUGGUCCUGAAGUAGGAGAGGAUAAUGAAAGAAAUGAUGAAGUAUCCAUCUGUUUGUCUGAAGGAAGCUCUCAAGAAGAGUCCAGUGAAGUUCCAAAUGAGGCAAGGGUUCAUAAGGAGGAGGACCACCAUGCAGUAUCUGCAGAUAAUGUGAAAAUAGAAAUUAUUGAUGAUGGAGAAAGUGACAUGAUAAGUAAUUCUGAAGUUGAACAAGUCAAUUCUCUCUUGGAUUAUAAGAAUGAAGAAGUCAGAUUCAUUGAAAAUGAGCUAGAGAUUCAAAAGCAAAAAUACUUUAAACUUCAGACAUUUGUUAGAAGCUUGAUACUAGCUAUGAAAGCUGAUGAUAAGGAACAACAACAGGCCCUGCUGUCAGAUUUACCUCCUGAAUUAGAAGAGAUGGAUUUCAAUCAUGCCUCACCAGAGCCUGAUGAUACCUCAUUCAGUGUGUCUUCUUUAUCAGAGAAAAAUGCCUCAGACAGCUUGUGAUUUGACGGGGGGUACAUGAUACAUACAGCCUUUUGGCUGCCUAACAGGUGUGCAUUUCCAGAUAACUGCAUUCUCUUGCCUCAAAAUUCCUCAGUUGGAAAAACAUAUUGUUGAAACUGACAUAUUCUGUGAAGAAUGGACAAGAUAUAAUGGCUACAGUGUAAAAAUGUAUGUGAAAUUUAAAAGCAUCAUUUGAGAAAUUUUUCCAAACUGAUAAAACUCUAGGGAACAUUUGUAUUUAAUUUUUAACAGUUUAUCUGAAAUGUGUAAUGCCUAAUUUCUGAAAGAUUUUUGUUUGGUUUUUAGAAGAAUCUUAGUUUUAGUGAUAGUUUUGACCAGAAACAUAAAAAUAAAGUUAUUUCAGCAUUACUUAUCAAGUUAUUAAAGCUUGGUUAGCUUUGUUUUGUAGCCAUUACAUCUUUAUUCUCUUUCCUUUUCCUAUCAGCUACAUACACCUUUACUCAGGAAAGUGGACUGAAAUUUGAAAACAAAACCUUAAAAAUGAUUUUACCUGAAUGAGUCCUAGGAUUUAUUUUCGUUUUCCUGUGAGAAUUUGACUUCAGCUGAUGAAUGAAAAUUUAAGGAUCACUGGUUUAUAAUUGUAAAUUGUUGGUAUUCUUCCAUUUUCUAACCCAAAUAUUUGGAGGGAAGGGGAAAUCAUUAUGGAAAAGUAAUUAACCAACAUGAAAUCAAAUAAAUUAUUAAGUGUAUAGAAACAAAA